AUGACCUUCAUGUAUGAAAGCUGGCUGUACCUGAAAGGAUCGUACAUGCGCUGUGACCGCAAGAUGGAGGUGGCGUUUAUGGUGUGUGCCAUCAACCCUUCCAUUGACCUGCACACCGACUCCCUGGAGCUGCUGCAGCUGCAGCAGAAGCUGCUCUGGCUGCUCUAUGACCUGGGACAUCUGGAAAGGUACCCCAUGGCACUGGGGAACCUGGCAGAUCUGGAGGAACUGGAACCCACCCCUGGCCGACCAGACCCACUCACCCUCUACCACAAGGGCAUUGCCUCGGCCAAGACCUACUACCGGGAUGAGCACAUCUACCCCUACAUGUACCUGGCUGGCUACCACUGUCGCAACCGCAAUGUGCGCGAAGCCCUGCAGGCCUGGGCUGACACGGCCACUGUCAUCCAGGACUACAACUACUGCCGCGAGGACGAGGAGAUCUACAAGGAGUUCUUUGAAGUAGCUAAUGAUGUCAUCCCCAACCUGCUGAAGGAGGCAGCUAGCCUGCUGGAGGCCGGCGAGGAGCGGCCAGGGGAGCAGACACAGGGUGCCCAGAGCCAGAGUUCCGCCCUCCAGGAUCCAGAGUGCUUCGCCCAUCUGCUGCGAUUCUAUGAUGGCAUCUGCAAAUGGGAAGAGGGCAGCCCCACGCCCGUGCUGCACGUGGGCUGGGCCACCUUCCUCGUGCAGUCCCUAGGCCGAUUUGAGGGGCAGGUGCGGCAGAAGGUGCGCAUAGUGAGCCGCGAGGCCGAGGCGGCCGAGGCGGAAGAGCUGUGGGGCGAGGAAGCCCGGGAAGGACGGCGGCGAGGCCCACGGCGUGAGUCCAAGCCAGAGGAGCCGCCGCCGCCUAAGAAACCGGCGCUGGACAAGGGCCCGGGCUCCGGCCAGGGUGCCACGUCAGGACCCCCGCGGAAACCCCCAGGGACAGUCCCAGGCACUGCCCGCGGCCCAGAAGGAGGCAGCGCGGCUCCAGCCCCUGCGCCCGCAGCGUCGCCACCACCGGAGGGGCCGGUGCUCACUUUCCAGAGCGAGAAGAUGAAGGGCAUGAAGGAGCUGCUGGUGGCCACCAAGAUCAACUCGAGCGCCAUCAAGCUGCAGCUCACGGCGCAGUCGCAAGUGCAGAUGAAGAAGCAGAAGGUGUCUACACCUAGCGACUACACUCUUUCCUUCCUCAAGCGCCAGCGCAAAGGCCUCUGA